AGGUGAGACAGAAAAAGAUCCUUUUUGGUGACCUUCUGCAGCGUGUGGAUAAACACCUUGAGCAAUUUGACGUGGAGACAUUGAGCGAGCUUAUCCAUCACCAACAAUCGGUCUCCACUCCGGUGGCCUCCGUUCGCUUGGCUGCUAUGAGCCCCUGCAGCUUCAGCAACAACGGUGUACAAUCAUUGACCAUGAGUGGCAUCUUCCGCCAGGAGCUGGACUCAAUGGAGGAAAUAGCUGAUGAGGGCCGCCAGUACUCUAUUGACACUGACACCAUGCUAUCUUGCAAUUCCGUGACAGAAUUGAUGGAAGUGAAGAUGUAGGCGUCGCGAGG